CCCCCGCCCCCAGCUGCAGGAAGCGGCUUCCCUGGAAGAGCCUCUGCUACGGAGACGGCGCUGUGUCUCUGCGAUCGAUUGAGGCCGCCCUUGAGGGCUCCCGGCCUGGCCGCAGCGAGGCAGGCGCUGGCGCGUAGUGCCCGGCUCCGGGCCCCCCGUGGCUGGUAGCGCGGAGAGGGGCGGCGAGCGGGGUUGCCCUUGCCCGCCAUGUGGCGAGUGGCCACAGCCAGGGCCUGGGCCGCCUGCUUGCGGCCUCCCAGACAGUGCCGGCCCCCGGGGCCGCGCUCCGGCAGCAGGGGGGCAGCGACCGUGGCCGUGGAGCCCGCGGCGGGGCUGGCGGACGAGCCGGUGGCGACCAAGGUGCUGGGGCUCGCCCCGGGGCAGCGAGUGACGCUGAGGGGACUCGUGGCGAACGAGCAGGGCUGCCUCUUCGACUCCUGCGCCCACUACCUGGCGGACAGCCGCGGGGAGGUGGAUCUGUCCAGGGACGCCUCCCAGGGAGGGGACUACACUGGGGUGGAGCCCAUGGGGCUGUUCUGGAGCCUCUCCCCUGCCCGCAUGGAGAGACCCUACCAGAGGCUCGUGCCGAAGCAGAUUAAGACCCCCAUGAAGGUGGAGGUGUCAGUCCACCAAGGGCACAGUCCUCCUGGCACCAUCCCGGGGCAGGUCCUAGCCAAGGCCAAUGUGGAGAGAUGGUUCACUGCCCCCGGUGUGCGAAGGAUUAGGCUGAAAGAGGGCAGCGUGAGAGGCAGCCUGUUCCUACCCUCAGGGGACGGCCCCUUUCCAGGAGUGAUCGACAUGUUUGGUGAUGAAGGUGGAUUGAUUGAGUUCAGAUCCAGUCUCCUAGCCACCCAUGGCUUUGCUGCUCUUUCUCUGCCCUAUUUUGACUUUGAGGACCUGCCCUCUGUCAUGAAGGAUUUGCACCUCGAAUACUUUGAGGAGGCAGCUAGAUUUCUACAGCGUCACCCAAAGGUGAAAGGGCCAGGGAUUGGAGUAAUCGGGACAGGGAAAGGGGCAGAACUGGCAUUUUCCAUGAUUACUUUCCUGCCACAGGUGGUGGCUGCUGUCUGUAUCUCUGGCUGUAGCUCCAAUACAGUCGCUGCUCUUCACUAUGGUGAGUUGACUCUGCCUGGGCUGCGCUUUGACAUGAGCAAAAUCAGCAUUUCUGAGACAGGUGUGUUUGAUAUUUUUGACGCUCUGGAUGACCCAAUGGAUCCAGCUAAUUCCCACUGCCUCAUCCCCAUAGAAGAAGCAGAAGGUCAUUUUCUCUUGGUGGUAGGAGAAGAUGAUCGCAAUUGGAAGAGCUCUUUAUUUGCCAAGAUGGCAAUUGAGCGCCUGCGCCAACAUGGGAAGGACAACUUUAAACUCUUGAGUUAUCCAGGAGCAGGCCACCGAAUCGAUCCACCCUUUUUGCCAUUUUGCUCAGUAGCCCUGGACUGUGUCCUAGGGUUGCCCAUUCUGGGUGGUGGAGAGAGAAGAGCCCAUGCCCAUGCACAGGAACACUCCUGGGGGAAGAUCCAGGAGUUUCUGCACUUACAUUUGGGAUGAACAUCUCACUACCUGAAAGCUGACACUAAAUUGCAAGGAGCUGAGAGAUGAGCCACCUAAGGGAGUAGAGGACUGGAGGGACGGACUUAGAAAGAUGGAAAAGUUAAAUAUGCAUUUCUUAAUCAAAUGACAACUCAGUGGCAGGUGUAAACAUGGAGAUGGGUGAGGAUUGGUUUAAAGUGGUGGAAGGGGCUAUAACUAGGAGUAUUGAGGAGAAAUGGAAUAAUGGAAAACUUCAGGGUUCAUGUUAAUAAAAGUUUCCUGAUGCCAAGAUCACUUUAGACUGGGAAAUAAUCACCCAAGGAAGGUGGUAGAAGUCCCCUCGCUUACAGCAUGUAAAGGAGCCAGCAACCUGGCCAGGCCUGCAGAGAAUGGCAGUCGAGGAGACUGUCCUGCACCUAGUGGAAUGAUGGCAGCCCAAGAUAAGAUUUUGUAACAGCUAUGCCCUGUGAGCUGGACAUGUUUGGCUCACCCUUUGGGACUUGAAUCCAGCUAGUUCAGCCCAGAUGUCUUCCACUAGAUGUGUCCCCACAGAGCACUCUAUUUUAAAGCUGUAACUGUUUGCUCUGCCUGCUUUGGAAAUCUUUUCUAUUUCAAUUUUAUCUGGGGUGCAUACCUGGAUACAUGUGUCUAACAUCUUGAUGUUGGUUAUCAGCUUUCAGCAAACACAGCCAAUGGCUCCUCACACAGCCAAUUGGUUGCAGAGAAGAAAGAUGAAGUGUUUUCAAUGCCUGCUAGUGAGAGGGGUAGUGCCAGAAAUGAUUUACUAGUUGGGUAUUCAAGAGGGACUCAUCUCUAUCCGUGGUGUCAUAGGCUCUAAUACUUGGCUAGUGGAUAUUACAGUUCCACUGGAUAGCUUGAUUAAAUGCAGUUUUGUUACAUGCAUUGAUAUAUUUUCUUCUUUCUUCCUGCAGUUCAGUCUUCUAACUGCCUGUUUUUAAAGUAGUAAUGACUGUUGAUAAAUGAGGGAUGUGAGGAAGCCAGUUUUUGAAAUUGCCUAGUAAUGGAUAGUGGCCGUCAGUAGCCAUUGGAUAUUGAAUGGCUGAUACUGAUAACCACUAUUGAGGGGAGCGGAGGAGCAGAUGGAUGAUUUGAAAUGAUGGAGGGAGCCUGGCCAACAGAAGGCAGUAGAGUCACAUGUUAAAUGGCUGUCGUAAACAGGAUCCUGCUUAAGUAUCAGACAAUCAAAAAUGAAAAAAUCCUAGGAUAAUUCUCCUGUACCUGCCCAGGAAUGAGGGAGCAAUUGUGCCCACACCUGGCAGGGGAUUGUUUGAUUAAUUUUAGGCUAGUGCCUCCCCUCUUGCCUGCAUAUGAGGCCUGCCCCCUCCCCUCAUCUUCAGGGAAAGGAAUUACAAUUUCUUCUUUAAUAUUUCAGACCUCAGCUAGUCCUCUGAAAUAGUGGUAGUGCUGGAAGUCUGGCUCCCAAGUGCCACUGCCAGCACAAUUCCCUUUCCAGGGUCCCUGUUGUCAGAGCAGCUUAAAAGAGCUGCCCAAGAGGAAAUGGAGCUUUGGCUUGUGACCUUGACUUUUAUAUAGUGUUAUGGACACUCCCUUCCCUUUUUUGGUCUGCUGUCAGCAUGCUGGUGCUUGGUUAUGGUUGAAUGGGUGUUGCAGAGGGCUUUGGUGCCUAAACCUUCCCUGAAAAUAAGUAACAGUAGCACAGGCCUGCAGCCAGCUCUGAUAAGCACAGUAGUGCUUCCUGCACUUAUGUUACUUCCUCUUCACCAAAGCUACUCCAGGUUGUGACCAGAGAAGGAGAGGUUGUCCACUGGUUUCCCAUGUCUGCACUUUCUAACCCCCCUUCUCACAUGUACCUCCACCAAUUGGAGCCAGAUGCCUGAUUGCCUUAGGUUGGGUAGUGCUCCCUGCCAGCCUGUUUUGUUGCCCACUGCAUCUCCAUGGUGUCAUCUUACCUAUGCAGAUCCACUACUGCAAGUUCCUGGGACAGGUUUCUAAAAUCCAGUGCAAUUCUAGUCAAACUGGGCCAGUUAGAGGUACAAGUCCGAUCAAACUUCUGGGUUCAUGUAUAAAUAGAUUCUGAAUGUAGGUAUUGUUAGAUUUCUCUAAUUUUAAAUGAAUAUCACAUUUUUCAUUAAUUAUCAAAAAGCCAAUGUCAACAGUUGUAAAAAAAAAAAAAAGAAAAAAAACGGGUGGUUUAAAAUGCCCUCACUUUAUUCAUAAAGCAAAAUCCUUUACAAUUUCAUUUUAAAUUUUAAAAACAGUAAUUGGGCAGGAAAACCAAAUAUUAAAACAUGUAAUAUUGUGUAGAAAUUAGGCUGCUGCUUUAUUUUUUUUAAAUUGUUCAGAUUUUUCAAAGGGGAGAAGGAAAAAACCUAAAAGCACUUAAUACUGCAAUUUGAUUGUGUAAAUACAUCUCACACUCAGAAGAUACCAAUGACCAAAGAACACACACAAUGAUCUGUAGCAAAUUGGUUGUUUAUACAAUUAAAUUUUAUUAAUUUACAAAAACUCACAUUCUAAAAUGCAUUUUGUUUACACUGCAGAUGGAAUACCAUUAUAAACAUACAGUAUGCCUUAAAACAGUGUGCCUGGUUAUGGCCAUAUUUAAGACCUUAUUUUUAGGCCCUGAGUCUACAUUCUUUACUCAGGAAAAACUCCCAAAGAAUUUCAGUGGAAGUAGUGUCUGGGUAACAAAUGCAUGAUCAGGGAUUUUGGGAUCCCUAGAUCAAGGUAAAUUAAUAUUGGAGUUGCAGAAUUGUUUCAGAAUCUCAUUAUGUGCAAGAGUGGCUAUGGUUCAACCCUUUCACUAGGUUGAUAAUGCCAUAAGUAUCCUGCUUCAGCUCUGCUGAAGUUAGUGGCCAAAUUCCUAUUGACUUCAAAAGGGAGCAAAAUCAAUCCCAAGGUGUCAUAUCAACUCAGCUGAUGGUUAUGCAGUCUGACAAAUAAACUACAUUGAUCCAAAUAAGGAGGUUUGUUCAACAAAUUACUAGUGAUUUGUUCAUUUGCAAGUGGGAUGAUGGAGCUUGUUUGUGUCAACUGACUUUAUUUGCAAUAUUUUAUCUUUUUGCCUGUUUUCAUGAAUAGCUUACAAUAAAUUUCUAAAAUGUGUU